AUGCGCACACGGGACAUGCAGUGCUAUGUCGUCCUCACCAUCCAAAGCUGGCGACGGGGCCGACCCCUGGUUCCGGCGGCGGCGGACGAGCUGGCGCAGGAGGAGAGACAGCGCUUGCAUGCUUUUGACGUGACGACAAUUGAUGCAGGCAAAAGGCAUGGGCUCGCGUCUUGGGUCCGAUAUCAUCCGCGAAUGGUUGGUAGCAGCAGCUUUCUGCUCUCGGAGUAUCUCACUUUGUUCUUAGAGAGAAUCGGUGAGCAGGCGAGCUUGUAUCAGUCCAUGGACGGGCAGGAGCUUCUGCCCUACCAGUGCGCCAUGUCGCGUGAAGACUGGGAUCGAGUGCAAGACAAUUUCCACCGCGCCUACCGACUGCAGAAGGCCGCCUACCGACACGCUCGCGGCGGUGUUGCGGCGCCUGGCGUGCAUGAAAUCCGGGAGCCCCGGUUCUGCGCUGAGGAGCAGAAUGUCGCGUCGGAUCACCGGCUGUGUUCUUCGGAUGCGAGACUGAAGACGGUAGUGCGGAACACUUUUAUUGAGGUGGAAGAGGAGCUGCCCACAAGUGCUUGCAAACGAAACAGAACGUUCUCACCUUUCCGCGACUGCUGGGUGUCUGCCGCUUGA